AUGUCUCUAAGUCGUACGGCCUCGGCCGCACUGCCUUUCGUGAUAGGGAUUCUGGCAGGCGCUGCGCUGUUGACAAUUCAGCAGAUCAUGACGGGAGGGAACAUUUCGUUCCCCAACGUCUCUUCGUCUCUCUUUGCUUUUAUGAAUUCAGCCAACCAAUCCGUCUCGCAACACGUGGGCAAUCCUGAUUGGCUGGCCUCUUCUGCUUCGAUCGGCGCUGCUACUGACGAGAUUCGUUACAACACGGACGCAGAACCUGUAGAAAGCAAGCUCAACGUGCAUCUGGUAGCACAUUCGCAUGAUGACUUGGGAUGGACGAGCACCAUUGACAAGUACUACGUUUCAUCAGUACAGUACAUUAUCGAGACUGUCAUCGACCAACUCGAGGCAAACCCUGACCGCAAAUUCAUCCAGGUGGAGCAGCGCAGCAACGGAGGGUGGGUGAUGCACGACGAGGCCACCACACACUACACCGACAUGGUCCACCAGAUGUCGCUGGGGCUGCGCUUCCUCCGCUCCGAGUUCAACGUCACGCCGCGCGUUGCAUGGCAAAUUGACCCGUUCGGCCACUCGGCAACCCAAGCCAGUCUCAUCACUGCACAGGCUGGGUUUGAUGGGAUAUUUUUCUCGCGGGCAGACUACCAAGACAUGGCCAAUCGGCAACAAGAAAAGAAGGAAGAGUUUGUGUGGCGUGCGUCUAAAACAUUUGGGAAAUCGGCCCAGGCGAAGGUGACACGGUCGAACCACGUGAUGUUCACCAUGGGGAAGGACUUUGCCUACUCCAACGCCAUCAUGUGGUUCAAGAACAUGGACAAGCUCAUUCACUACGUCAACCUGGACGGUCGGGUCAACGCCCUCUACUCCACGCCUUCAAUCUAUCUGGACGCCAAGCAGCAAGCUGAGGAGACCUGGCCGGUCAAGACUGGCGACUUCUUCCCCUACGCUGACGCACCGCACGCCUACUGGACCGGCUUCUACUCCUCCCGCCCAGCCUUCAAGCGCUACGUGCGCUCCUGCAGCACACUGCUGCUGGCAGCAAGCAUUCUCGAAGCAGCAGUGGGGCGAGAGUCCCUGCAAGCAUGGGGAGGCGACACUGACGGGAUGAACCUUGUGGGCUCUGGCGCUGGCCGAAUGAUGGUCAUGAGUUUCCAUCCCUCGGAGGCGCCUAGUGUGGCAACUGGAGAGGGUGGGAGUGGCGGCGGUGACAGCAAUGCUGGUGCAGGAUACGGGUCUGCUGCUGCUACUGGUGCCGGUGGUGGUGGUGGUGGGGAUAGUAAUGGUGGUGUUACUGGUGCUGGGAGUCGGGAGGCUCAGGCCGCGUCGACAGCAUUGCUGGGGGAGGCAGUGGCAGUGGUACAGCACCACGAUGCCAUCACAGGCACGGCCCAGCAGCACGUGAAUGACGACUACACACUCCGCCUGCACCGAGCAGCACAGGAGGCCUCCACUGUUCUCACCAGCGCUCUGGCAUACCUCAUUCUGCACCCGCCGCCUCCUCUUCCUCCCUCGCCUCCCACCGGCACCAACUCCUCUGCACCAGGGCUCAUUGCAGGAGGAAGGUAUCAACAGGGGGAGGCGGCUGCAGGAGAAGCCGAAGCUGCUGCUCGAGACGUGCCCUCUGCUGAACAUCUCCUUCUGCCCUCCAUCGCACACCGCCUCCUUCCUCCCGCCCCUCCCGCCAUCCGGUCUCUGCUCUCCACUCCACUCCCUCUAUCAUCCCCACCAACUGUACCCACCAUUCUGUGCUAUUACACCUCAUCCCUCACUUUUCUUUCAUGCAACCAUCCGCUACUGCUGACCCAAGCAUGCCCCCCUCCCCUCCAUUCUUCCUUUCUUCCCCCUCCUUCCGCUCUCCCUUACUCCCCUCUCCUGCCGCUCUCCCUUUCUCCCCCCUCCUGCCGCUCUCCCCUUCUCCCCACCACUCUUCCCUCUCCCUCCUGUCGCCCUACCCACCACCCCCUGCCAUCAGUCAUCCGCGCGUUCUACGCAGCAGCACAUGCAGGCGCCAGUGUGCCUCCAGUGGAGCAGCAGCAGGGGGUGAUGUCAGUGGUGUUCCGUGCUGAGGUGCCUCCUUUGGGCUACUCCACAUUCUUCCUCACUGCAGCCCAGCCAGGAGCUGUGGGGGCAGCAGUGAGCAGCAGUGACUGGAUCUUGGGACCAAAGAAGCAGAGGGGACGGAACACGAGGAGCAAGAAGGGGAAGAAGAAAAAGAAGAAGGCAAAGAAGGAUGACUAUGAGGAGGGAGCGGAAGGAGGGGAGGGAGGGGAGGAAGGGGAGGCAGAAGAGGAAGGGUAUGAGGAGGGGCAGGAGGAAGGGGUUGAGGCAAAAGGGGAGGAGGGCUAUGCUGGAGGGGAGGAAGGAGGGGAGGCGGGGGAGGGAGAGGAGGAGGAGGAGGAGGUGGGUGAUGGUGUGGGUCAGGAGGAUGAGAUAGUUCUUGGGGGGGUGGUGGCUGGUCGGCCGGCAGCGCGUGUCUAUUUCUCCAAGGCUGCUCGUGGAAUGACACGUGCUGAGCUCAUCAAGCCGAAUGGCAAGGCCUUUGCCACGCUAGCAGCAGCCAACAUCAGCAGCGAAAUGCUCUUUUACUCAUCUGCAGAGUCAGGAGCAUACAUCUUCAAGCCCACAGCAGACGGUGCGCUGCCGUUCCGCAGGAAGCAGAGGGUGCCGAUCCGCGUGCUGCGAGGGCCCAUCGUGGAGGAGUUUCACCGCCAGGUGGCGCGUGACGUGUCCGAGGUGUAUCGAGUUUACCCGGGGGAGAAUUACGCCGAGCUUGGCUACUCCAUAGGCCCCCUCGUUGAGGAUGGGUCCCUGGGGAAAGAGGUCGUUGCCUCUUUCUCCUCUUCCAUUCAGAGCGGCGAUAUCUUUCACACGGACUCCAACGGCCGUGACUACCUCAAACGAGUGACGGUGGGCGCGUUCAUCGGGGAUGGCGAGGCACAGCUGUCGCUGCUGGUGGACCGAGCAGCCGGUGCUGCCAGCCUGGCAGCCGGACAGCUCGAAGUCAUGCUGCACCGCCCAAGUCACUUCCCUCCCUUGGGCGUCCAGGUGGUGGGAUCACUCCGCUUCGCAGUGCUGCCAGACACACGGGCACGGCCAGGCACACCCCCACAGCAGGCAUCAGGCGGGGCAGCAGCAGGGGCCUUCUGGCGGAGAGAUCACUCCCAGAGGAUGCUGUCCCCGCUGCAGCUCGCUUUUGCUGUCGAGGGCAGCGUAUGCAGUGGGAGGGAGGUGAGGGCGGAGGGUUCACACUCACUUACUGCUGUGUCCACCUCCUCUGCCUGUUGCUCUCCUCCACACUCCCUCCUCAUGCGCUUCUUCUCUCUUCUCAAUUUCCUUCACCCUGCUGCAACCGACGUUUCUGGCACAUCUGCUGAACCUGCUGCUGACAGCACAGGAGCGACGGGGGUUCUUGUGGCGCCACUCCCUCUUCCAGAGCGCUCAGCAGGAGGUGGCAAGGGCAGGGACACGUGGCAGCACCAGAGGGAUAGGCGGCAGCACCCUCAGCUAGCUACCAGCUGCCUCGAAAUGUGGCUAUAA